AUCUAGAAUCAAAGAACACGGUUUUUACAGCUUGGGGCGGUAAUCACAACAGCUGUAAAAAUCACAUCAAAGCGGAAUAACUCUAAACAAUCACACCUGGCGAGAAGAGCCGCAGGACUCAGAGAGAUAUAUUCAGAAUACAUGGCACCCCCAGCACCAGUUGAGUUCAAACCUGGCGUUCCGGACUACAGUUCAGUCCAUGAACCUCUAGGGGAAUUGUUUGAUCCAAUAACAAGUCCAGGGGACUGGAAGAAGUAUCUGCUUAGUGAGGAAAAGGUCGAACAGUUUUGGAAAGAUGGGUUUUUACUGAAUGUUCCACUGCUAAGUCCAGAACAAUGUGAUAGAAUCUUGGAAGACUACAAGAUAUUUAUGGGAGAAAUAACUCAUCCAGGAAUGGACAUGAUGUAUGAAUACCAUAGCAACCAGAGUGGUGAUCCCAACAAUGUUCUGAUCCAUGGCCUUGGACAUUGGAGACUGACAAAGCUCUUCCAUGAUCUUGUCUUUCUCCCUCAAGCUGUGGUUCCAUCUUCACAAUUACUUGUGAAGGGUAAGAGCCUUCCUGUGAGAUUUUGGCAUGAUCAGUUGUUUGCCAAACCACCUCACCAUGGUGGCUGUGUGGCAUGGCAUCAGGACUACUCCUAUUGGACAAGGACGCAACCCGUGCAGCACAUUACAAUACACAUUGCCUUGGAAGACCAGACAAAAGAAAACGGUACCCUGUACUAUAUUCCAGGCUCCCAUAGGUGGACAAGAGAUGGAAAACCACUGCCCGUGACAGACUUCAAUUUCAAGGACAUGGAAUCCAUCAUGACAGUGUUGACAGAGGAAGAAAAGAAAGAGUUUAAACCUAUACCCUCUCUGCUAAAGAAAGGAGAAGCCAGUUUUCACACUGGUAUGGCAGUUCAUGGUUCCUAUGGAAACAAGUCACCUAGUCCUAGAAGAUCUGCAGUUCUGAACUACUUCGCAGAUGGAACAAUAUCCAACACAGACGAAGACCUAUUAAAGGGGAUCAAGAUCCCCAAGGGUGAAAAAAUGGAUGGACAAUUUUUCCCACUUCUGUUUGAUCCAAAAUGGAUGGAGUGAUUCCCAAAUUUUAAUUUAGGAUCAUUAAACAUGAUGCUUGAUUAAAAACUGCAAUAUUUGACAUACUACCAGUAGUGAUGGAAAAAUUCUGUUUAAUUACCAGGGAGUGAUUAAUAUGAAAAACAAGUAUUUAAAAAGUGGCUUAUUUAAUACUAUUAUUUGUAUGAUUGUUGUAUAUUCCUCAAGAUAAUUAUGUGAUCAGUGUUACAGUAGUACUGGGUUAUACAAUAUGUACAUGUAUUUGACUUGCAACACUUAAUGUAACUCAGCUAGGCAGCCAAUAUGGAGAAUACAUGACAGAAACAAAUAAUUUGUAUUCAUUUGGAAUACAAUACCAUUUUAUAUAUAAAUCAGUUAUUGGAUAUAGUUAUACCUCCAUUUUUGAUGGACUGUAUUAUGGUGAACCGGUGCUUGCAAUAUUUUAUAGUCUAGAUGAUCAAGUUCAAUUAAAAUUUUCUGUAAAGCCAAA